AUGGACUCGUCUGAGGAUGAGGGAAGUGGGGCAACAGGCACUCUUCCUCCUCCCCUGCCUCUGCCGCGCAAUGCAGUACCAAACGAAUCAGAAUCUGAACCUGCAAAGAAGGUUGUACGUGUCCCAAUGGCCAGGAAAGGUUUUGGAUCUAAAGGGCAGAAGAUAUCUAUUCUCACAAAUCACUUCAAAGUGAAUGUUGGAAGUGUUGAUGGACAUUUCUUCCAUUACAGUGUACGUAAUUGCUUACUUCGCUCUGCUUCUCUUUUUUUUCUCAUUGGUAAAUAGAAAUUAUUGAUGCAAGUUUCUUCUUCUUUUGCAUUUUGGUUCAACAGG